AUGCAUAGUAUCAAUUUGAACCAGUACCAGGAGCAGCUGUUUUCGCAUGGCGACAUCGAAUGUGUUUCGGCAUUUACGUUUCCAGCUCAGCGCGUAAUCUCGAGCGGCGUGAACUGCAGAGUAGCGCUAUUUUAUGCCGACUUACUUUUCUAAUUCUAGAAUUUCUAAAGCUUAACUUCCGGGUCUUGAGCAUGAGGACUCUCUUCCAUAAAAACAAUACAAGAGAUGAUCUAAAGUUAAAUGUUCUGAUCCUUUCUCCGCACAAAUCCAAGUUGAUUCUCUCUUCUCAUAAAGGUUUCAGCAUUCCACACGUGCAAUAUUGAAAUAAUGAAGCCGAAACCAUCAGCCCAGGAUCCUCUCAUGUCUGGGCCGAUCAAAGGGCAUUCUAACAGAUCAGAAAGAUGAUUUUUACACUACCUAUGGGCACUAUGGGUUCUUGGCGAGGACGUUUCGAGGUUCUUGGAGGCUAUCCGCGAGAAAGUGCGGGGGACCUUGGUUCUGAACGCGCUGUGUGUUUCCUUGCAGAUGAGAGUUCGAAUUUGAAUGUAGCGCAGGAGGAAUCUUUCUUGCUCAGAUCGACUAGUACCUUCUUGAUUUUGAGGUGGUGCGAGAUUUAGGUCGGGAUUGAGACUCGAACUCGAUCACCUUCUUCAAAUCUAAAUGAUGACCGCUUCAAAUCUAAAUGACCAAGUUCAUCUUUGGAAUUCGAAGAAUAUGUGUGGUGCUGGUGACGAGAGCCUCGUCCUCUCCUCUCGGUCCUCUGGAUGUCGUCUGCAGAACGCAUGGUCCUGCUCUUUUUCUUUUCUAAAAGACCGGAUACAUACAACACACCUUCCUGGAAUCUAAAUGGAUGAAUGAAUGAAGAUGCAAAUCUUGAUGACUGACUAAAUCUAAAUGGAAGCUCAUGUUAGUGCCAAUGCCAAAUGCUUCUAAGGACGGGGGUUUCGUUAAAGGGCAAAGUAUUUUCAGUUCUCUUGUGUGAUCCAGUAUAGUUGUCGUCUGAGCUCCAAUAUGCGGAAGAUUCUGCCGGUUCCU